AUGUCCUCUACCAAACGAUCUUCCAUGCUUCCUCCACCUCCCAAACCUCCCAUCUCUUUCUCAAACAAUAUCAUAAUCGCCGACCAUGCUUCCAUUAUUGGCACAAAUCUUAUAACCAUCAGAGGGCAUACUGUACUUCAUCCACGUACAAAAUUGAACAGCACCUAUGCUCCCAUCGCGAUCGGCAUACAAUGUGUUAUUGGUGAGCGAAGUUCGAUUGGCAUGUUGAGUGCCCCAACUGAGGAACAAGCUCAAGGGGUUGUGUUGGAUACUGGUGUCGUUGUAGAAACUGGGGCUAUUGUUGAAGCAAAGUUUGUCGGACAAGGUAGUCUCAUUGAGAUUAAUGCAAAAGUAGGGAAAGGAGCUGUUAUUGGAAAGGUACGCAUUUCACAGGGAUGGAUAUUUAUUUGA